UGUUGUGAUAAACUUAUUAAAUAGAUGAGUGACUGCAAAAUGUCUGGGUUCUCGCCCUACAAAUUAAGCUGCUCGUUGGUUGGUCAUUCAAAAGAUGUGAGGUGCUUAGACUCAGCAACUCUGGAAAGUAUUUCCAACAGCGAACCUUCUUCGAGCAAACAAACUGAAAGAAAGACAGGAAUAGUUCCAUUGCUAGUGUCAGGAUCUCGUGACUUCAUUGCUCGAAAAUGGGUUUUUACACCCCCCAAAGGAUUUAAAGAGGAACUCGCAUUCGCUGGGCAUGGCAACUUUGUCUCCUCAAUUUGCCUCAUAGCUCCACAUGCACACUGUGAAGAGACUCUUGUAGCUACUGGCUGCCAGGACGCCUCGAUUAGACUGUUUUCUCUCUCCCAGAAACAGCCGGUGAACCAGUUGUUAGGCCACACAGGCAAUGUCAGCGCACUGAGGUCAGGAGGAAGCAGAGGAAUGAUUGUGAGUGGCAGCUGGGACUCGUCUGUGAAGCAGUGGCUACAGGGAAACUGUGUGCAAACCAUGAAUGGUCACGAAGCAGCAGUUUGGGAUGUGGAGCUCGCGAAAGAGUCCGAAACUAUUCUCUCGGCCAGUGCGGACAAAACUAUCAAAGCUUGGAGCUCUGGAAAAUGUGUGCAGACUUUCGUGGGACAUACAGACUGUGUCCGAGGUCUUGCUGUGAUUUCGAAACAAGAGUUCGUAUCAUGUGCCAACGAUGCCACUGUCAGAAAAUGGUCCAUAGUCACUGGAGAUUGUCUGCAAGUGUUGUAUGGACAUACAAACUUCAUUUAUUCAAUUAAAUAUUUCAACGGACUUCUUUUUACCGCCAGCGAGGACAAGUCUGUUAAAAUUUGGGACCUCAACGAUCCCAAAGCUAAUGAUCCUGUGCAAUCGCUAGUGCUGCCGGCACAAUCUAAUUGGUGCUUGUCAGUUUUGCCGAAUGGAGAUUUCGCAGUAGGCUGUAGUGACUCAUCAAUAAGAGUGUUUUCAAAUGAUCCGACUCGAGUUGCACAUGAAGAUGAAUUGAAAGCUUUCUCGGACGAAGUUGCGACUUCUUCGAUUCCGAGUAAAACAACAAUAGGUGAUCUGAAAAUCGAAGAGUUGCCCGGACCCGAAGCGCUUUUGCAGCCGGGAAGACGUGAAGGUCAAACUAUUAUGGUCAAAGAAGGUGUGGAUUUGGCGUUUUGCUACCAGUGGUCAAGUGCGAAAAAUGAGUGGGAGAAAGUAGGGCAAGUUCUUGGCGGUUCCGGUGGAACGCAAGUGUCAUCUGGUAAACAGCUACACCAAGGGAAAGAGUACGACUACGUAUUCUCCGUGAAAUUAGACGAAGAUAAAGAUGCUCUGAAGUUGCCAUACAAUGUCACCCAAGAUCCCUGGCACGUAGCCAGGCAGUUUAUUUUGGACAAUGAAUUGGAUCCUCAAUUUUUGGACCAGGUUGCAAAUUUCAUCAUCAAUAACACAAAAGGAGUGCAGUUGGGGAAAUCGAUGGGAAACGUGGAUCCCUUCACUGGCGACCCAGACGCUCAGUUUGCAAAUUCAACACCCAAUCCUAACAUGGCAUCUUCCACUUCAAUCCCGCCAAAUACGCCCUCAAAUCAGGACCAGAGUCAGCCUGGGUUCAGACCAGGGUCAAACAUGGGAAACUUCGACCCAUACACAGGCCACUCGGCCAUGGAUGAAACGCCCUCCUAUUCGACAGACGCAAAUCCAUACUUUCCGCUGAAAGACUUCCUAGUGCUAUUUAAAGCCAACUUUGCAAAAGAUGCUGAAAAAAUUACAGAAUACAACGGAAAAACAGCGUUUAAAUUAUCUGAUGAAAGUUUGCAGAUAAUAACUUCUGUCAAUGCAAAUGAAAGUAGUGUGGAUCCGGCUAUCUCUGAUAUCAUGUCAUGCCUUCUAACAUGGGAAUUGGAAUACAUUUUCCCACUCUUUGAUAUUUGUAUACAUUUUGCCGCGUCUGGAAAAUUUUGCAAAAUGAUUGAGCCUAAAAUAAAUGCAGUUUUGCAGCGGAUACUUGAGCUGCGGAAAUCGGCAUCGAAGCCUUCACAAACAAUGGCGAUCCGGUUUUUGGCCAAUUUAUCUGGAACAAAAAGUGGUCAGAAUAUGUUGAAAAAUUGUCCCGAGCUGUCUCAAAUUGUGGAAUCGUUUUCGACUAGUACCAUUAACCCUGUAUGUCUGGGUUUAGCCACAUUGAUGCUGAAUAUAUCUGUCCUGGCGUAUCAUGAAUCGGCUGAAAUGAGUUGCUUAUACCUAGUUCCAGCAUUUUGUCAGAUGUUAUCUCGUGAGGUACUGGAAGAAGAAACCUGUUUCAGAUGUCUCGUUGCUAUAGGAACCAUUGGUUACAAUUGUGAAGUUCUGAAAGAGGCCUGCAAAGGAAGCAACUUAACUCACUUGGUCGAGAAUGUUAUGGCAAGUUUGAGCUCAUCUCCAAAAGUGAAUGAUUGCUCCAAGAAGCUCAACAAGUUUCUGCUCACGUGAAUAAAAUUGUGAAAGUGAUGAAGAUAUAAUGAUGUUACUAAUUUACUAGAACCUGUACAUUAACUCGUUUAUUUUAAUUCAAAGACAAAAUUAAGUUAGUGAUUUCAUCAAUCAAUAGUAAAACAGAAACGCAAAACUGGUGCUUUUUCACAAGUUAAAUCCAGUUUUCUCCAAUUGGGUUAGUUUUAACAAAAAGCUUUGAUCGUAAAAGAUUCUUGAAAAUCACAGAGCUUAGAGACAUAUAUCUUUUCU